UCCAGUGCAUUUCAACUGUACUGCUGGUCCCUUCAACUCCUCAGACUUCAAUGUCACCUGGAUGAAGGACAGAGAUGAGCAUCCAGCCUCGGCUCAGCGCCUAGUGACCGACAACAAAGGCAAUUACUCCAUCACCAGUAAGGUGUGGGUGACCCUGUCCCACCAAGAUAUCUUGUCAGAGAUAACCUGCGAAGUCACGCACCGGGGCCUGGCCAAGCCCCUGCGGAGGAGCAUGAACCUCUCCCUGGUGCUCCAAGUUGUCCCCACCCUGAAGAUCACCACCCAGCCCUCUGCGAUGCAAAUCCGUGUGCAUCAGAGAGUGAAUCUCACGUGCCAUGUGAGCCGCUUCUAUCCCUCCCGCCUGCAUCUCACCUGGAUGGAGAACAGGCACAAGGUGCAGACCGUGGAGUCCCCCCAGGUCACCAGAAGCCCAGCCGGGACCUACUCUCCGCAGCACACCUGGCAAGUAGAGGCUACGCUGGAUGGGAGAGAGUUUGCCUGCUGGGUGGUCCAGGAUGAGCAGCCCCCAGUCCAGGCCAACAUCACCCUGCGGGCUCAGGCGUCCAGACUGGGGAAAGGUCAGGUUACUGUGACCUGGCUUAAAAAUUCCCACCAGCUAUUAAAGUCCCAGACCAGCGUCCGCCCUCAUGGAGACAUCUACAAUGUGACCAGCCGUGUGCUCCUCCUUCUGGAGGCUGACGACAUGCAUUCCCUCGUCCACUGCCAAGUCAAGCACAUGUCCACCCUGGUUUCCCAGAAAACCAUCAGACUGGAGCAGUACCUCCGUGGUAAGGAUGUUCUCUUUGUCCAGAUGGCUUAG